GCGGGCAGCGCUCCCGCGGCGUGUGCGUGGAUGGCCCUGCGCGGCCCGCGAUGGCUGCGCGCUGAUGGCCCAGCCCGCCCCGCUCGCCAUGGCUGCCAGAGACGAGCUGUACAGCAAAGUCAUCCCCCGGCGGAACCGCCAGCACCGCGCCGGGACCAUCAAACACGGCUCCUCGCUCGAGAUCCUGCUCUCCAUGGGCUUCCCGAAAGCACGGGCACAAAAAGCACUGGCAUCCACAGGUGGAAGAAGUGUUCAAGCAGCAUGCGACUGGCUCUUCUCCCACGUGGGUGACCCGUUCCUGGACGACCCCCUGCCCCGGGAGUACGUCCUGUACCUGCGCCCCACGGGCCCCCUGGCUCAGAAGCUCUCGGACUUCUGGCAGCAGUCGAAGCAGAUCUGUGGGAAGAACAAAGCUCACAACAUUUUCCCACACAUCACCCUGUGCCAGUUCUUCAUGUGUGAGGACAGCAAGGUGGAUGCUCUCACAGAGGCCCUGCAGGCCACCGUGAUGCGCUGGAAAUGCAAAUUCCCCGCCCCCCUGCCCCUGGAGCUCUACACAUCCUCCAACUUCAUCGGCCUCUUUGUCAAGGAGGACAGUGCUGAGGUGCUGAAGAAGUUUGCUGCGGACUUUGCUGCAGAGGCGGCUUCUAAAGCAGAUGUUCACGUGGAGCCCCACAAGAAGCAGCUCCACGUGACACUGGCCUAUCACUUCCAGAGCAGCCACCUGCCCACGCUGGAGAAGCUGGCCCAGAACAUCGAUGUCAAGCUGGGCUGUGACUGGGUGGCCGCGAUCUUCUCCCGAGACAUUCGCUUCGUUAACCACGAGACUCUGCAAGUGAUCUACCCCUACACCCCCCAGAACGACGACGAGCUGGAGCUGGUGCCGGGGGAUUUCAUUUUCAUGUCGCCGGUGGAACAAACCAGCACCAGCGAGGGCUGGAUUUACGGCAUCUCCCUCGCAACCGGCUGCUCGGGGCUGCUGCCCGAGAACUACAUCACCAAGGCGGACGAGUGCGGCACCUGGGUGUUCCACGGGUCCUACUCCAUUCUGAACACCACAUCCUCCCCAUCCCUUCAAGGCUUCGUGGAUGGAGCUCUGGAGAGAAGGCAGCAGGAGGACCAAGGACCUGGGGAUGCAGGGCCACUCACCAUCAUCUGCCAGAACGUGCAGCCCCUGAGGAUAAGCAGCCAUCCAGGGCCUCAGAAGCGCUGCCUGUUUGUCUGCAGGCACGGGGAAAGGAUGGAUGUGGUUUUUGGGAAGUACUGGUUGUCCCAGUGUUUUGAUGCCAAAGGAAGGUACAUGCGCAGUAACCUGAAUAUGCCUCACAAUUUACCUCAGAGAAGUGGUGGAUUCAGGGAUUAUGAGAAGGACGCUCCCAUCACCGUGCUGGGCUGCACACAGGCAAGGCUGGUUGGUGAAGCCUUGCUAGAAAGCAACACCAUUGUAGACUACAUCUACAGCUCCCCAUCCCUGAGGUGUGUGCAGACAGCACACAACAUCCUGAAAGGUAUGCAACAGGAGAACAACCUGAAAAUCCGAAUAGAGCCAGGCUUGUUCGAGUGGACCAAGUGGGUCUCUGGGAACACACUACCUGCCUGGAUCCCCCCUGUGGAUUUAGCUGCAGCUACUCUAAGCGUUGAUACAACCUACAGACCUCAUAUUCCUGUCAGCAAGUUGGUGGUUUCUGAAUCUUAUGACACCUACAUAAGUAGAAGCUACCAAGUAACAAAGGAGAUCAUCAGUGAAUGUAAAGGCAAAGGAAAUAACAUCCUGAUAGUGGCCCAUGCAUCCUCCCUGGAGGCCUGUACCUGCCAGCUCCAAGGGCUGUCCCCACAGAACUCCAAGGACUUCGUGCAGAUGGUCCGAAAGAUUCCAUACUUGGGGUUUUGUUCCUGUGAAGAACUGGGGGACACGGGUGUUUGGCAGCUCACAGACCCCCCCAUCCUCCCUCUCACACAUGGACCAACUGGAGGCUUUAACUGGAGGGAAACCUUACUACAGGAGUAGGCAAAGCCACCCCAGCCAGGAGAACCCAACCCAUGGCCUUUGGAAGCGUUGGAGAAUGUCUCUUCUCUCUUGUGUUUCAUUGACAGUGGAAAAAUAGUCAUACCAUGCCCAGGGGGGUCACACAAGCAGCUGUUCUGGCGUUAUCUCCCACAGCCACAGUCACGCAAAGAGUCUCAUCCACAACUAGAAUACAAAAAAAGGGGACUGAUUGGAGGGGGGAGAGAAAAAAAAAAAAAAAAGGUAUUAAAAUACAGGUUGGAAGGUCUUGCACAGCCCCAGAGCCUGUGCUGAGCCGUUCUCCCACCUGGCAGGGAGCUCUGGGGACGCUUUCACUGCCAUCUGCACCCCGUUAGGAACAAGUAGCACUGUGUCAGUGGAGCAUUCAGGAUGCUGGGGCUGGGGUUUGUUUUUAUUUCACUGCUGUUUUGCAGAGCAUUAGCAGGCUUGUUCAGCACCACGUGUGAGCCCCCAAAUUCUCAGCACCUUUUUCCAUCACCACCAGCUGCAAAGGAGGGUCCAGCAGCAGGUUGUUCCUCUCCUCUGUCUGAGCACUGUGGUGGGGGUUGUGCUGGAUGCAGAGAUUGAUGGAUGUUGAUCUGCACUGCAGGACAAUCCCAAAUUUCCCAUCAGUUACAGAUGAAGUUUGAGCAUCAAAAGUUGUUGUGAACAAAGACUGGGAGCAGCUUCUUUUAAGUGGAGAUAAAAUAAGCCUAUUUCAACCGAACCUGGAGGGCUUAGAAAGUUCAGGGUUGGGUGGUUUUUUUCCCUUUACUUUGGUUAUUAAAAUCCACCCUUGUGCACAGACACAGCCUAAAGCAUUUAUGCCAUUUCAGUUCCCUUCAGAAAAGGCUUUUCCCUUUUAUACUGAGAUUUUGUGCUGCUCAUUUACACAGGGGUGGCUUUCUGUCCCUUGGGAGCUGAUUUUUUUUUUUUUUUUUUGUCAACCCUGGUGAGAUUCUGCAGUAAGCAGCUUUCUCCAGGAGGUAAUGAUGGACUCAAAAAGAUGCUGGAAUUCAGUGCUUUGAUUCCUCAUCCUUAAUUCCCAAGUGCCAUCUGUCAUAAACACAAAGCAGCUGAAAAAAAAAACCAAAACAACCCAGUACACUUAAAUUUAGGAGCAACUUGCUUUGACCUAUUAAAAUGCUAUUUAUCCAGUGGGGGAAGGGUUAGGAUUCUGGGAGAAGGGGUAGAGGAGAGUUUCCAUCUUCAACUAAAAUCUUUGGAAUCACAAGAGGGGUCCUCCUGGUGCAAGAUCCUGCAGGAUUCCAAUCCCAGCUGUGUCACAGGAGAGUGCAAAAUACACCAGAGUGGGUAGUUUAGAGAAUAAAGUGGCAUCAGAGCACAGGGUUUUUUUUUGGAUUAGAAUUAUCUAAGUCAUCAGCCUGGGAUGAAAAUGUUGCUGCAGACACUUGUAUGGAUCUCAUCACUGUCAGAAGGUACUUAAAAAUGUGUUGAAGUGGGAUGAAAGAGAUUUAGGCAAAGCCCUUUCUUGGUUUGAGCCAUAAAUCUGAGUAUUCCCAGAAACAGAAUCAUCCCAGGGUGGUUUGGGCUGGAAGGGACCUUAAAGCUCAUCUCAUUCCACCCCCCCUGCCAUGGGCAGGGACAUCUUCCACUAGACCAACAUCCAGCCUGGCCUUGGACACCUCCAGGGCUGGGGCAUCAACCAUUUCACUGGGCAACCAAGAGUAAAAACAAAGUAACAACAAAAAAUAGCAUCAAAAAGAUGUUCAGAUGUACCAAGACAGACAUUCCAGCAUCCUCCUGUCCUGCUUUUCCUCUGCAGAAAGUGUCAGAGCCCUCAUUUGUGAUGAGUGAGUGGCACACAGGUCGAAUUUGAUGUAGGUUUGAUACUCACAGAUCGGAGCUGGCUUUGUGGUGAUUUAUUUUAAGCUCUCCAGCCUUCAGCAGGACUGCUCUCCCCUCCACUAGGACACAGCCAAGCUGCCCUUCCAGCAGCCAGAACGAAGCAGGAGGCACAAACUGCAAUUCCCUCUUCCUAAAGGAGGCAAAACUGGGAGGCAGCAGACCCGAAGGGGUUUAGCUCAGCUUGUCCCUGGGUUUGUGGGGCUUGAACACCAGAUCCUGUACGUAUUUCCAGCUCAUCCUGUGCAAAAUCCUGUCCACUGCCACCGUCUCCACGGGAAUAUUCUGGGAUUUAUACCUUUAUGACUGUGUAUCACACCGUGGGCCACUUGUAAGUGCAUUAUUAAAGCAGGGAUGUAACUGCAAAGUCAGGGAGAUAAUUCAUGAGGUGACAGAGCAAACUGCUCCUGGCCAGGUUUAUCACUGUCAGGUUAAUUUUUAAUUGUAAUUUAAGCUGGUUUGGGCUGUGUACAGACAUCCUGAGGAGCAUCUCUGGCUUGUUUUCCUCCAUGCUUAAAAACUUCAGUAGUUGACAAUCACACCACAAUAAAUUUGGUUCCUGACGUGGAAUUCUCCAGGUUGCUUUUUUGUUUCGUGCUGGGGGCCAGCAAGAUGUAAUUUGGGCAAUAAAUAGUAUUAUGUUAUAAUAUCUAUUGCCUGUACAAAGCAGUGGAGGCUGCUCAGGCCCUGCUGCAGUUAAGUGACAUUAAAAGAAGAUUUUUUUUUUUUUCUUAAGCAGAAGCAUGAAACAGAGAGGGAACAAAAACCUGAAUGCACAACUUGAACAAUGUACAAGCUGCUCUUUGCAUAUAGUAAUAUAGAAGAAUGUUUUGUUGGAGAAGGUAGUGGUAAAAUACUCUCUUCUUUAAAAAAAAAAAAAAAAAAAAAGUAUAUUUUUGGAUGUUUGGGAAAGUAUUUUGACAACUGUAGUCUUGUCUCGAAUUAAGUGUCAAGAAAGAAAGAAAAAUCUUAUUUUCUUCUAGCAUUUUGAUUUCUCUUUGGGGUUUUGUGUUGUCUCACGUUGGUAAGGCUUAUUUGUGGGGGGAAAAAAAGAAUAAAAAUUUGUUCCUUUUAAAUUUUUAAUUGAGAAGUUAAGGGUACAAGACAAUUGCUGCUUCACUUUCACUCCGUUGCUGCUCUUUAACGUGUAUUUAAGUCACUCCAGUGUUUUAUCCUAGAUUUAGGCUUGAAUUUGAUCUCUGUCUUUUCCUUGCCUUCACUUUGAGCUGCAUCAGAUCCCAACGGUUUCAUCAGGUUGUAGGAGGCAAAUAGUUCCCAGCUUUUUCCCUAAUUAAGGAAUAAAGCUGCCAAGAAUAAAUUGUUAACCCAAUUGUUUUUGUGAAUUGCAACUUAGGGGGUGAGUUAGGAAAAUGAAAGAGUCAAAUUGACGUUGUAAACUGAAAUCACAGAGCUUUGCUUUUUUAUGCAAACUGAGGAUCCAGACCAUAAUAACUUAAAAAAAACCAUAAUUAUUUCCCUUUUCUCUCAGACUGAGCAGUUUCAGGAAGAAGUUGGCUGAGGGCAGGAGCCUCCUUCUCCCCUCUGAUAUUGGAUUUUAGUGUCAGUGUUACUGUGAGAGUGAUAAUUUUUAUCACCAAAGAAUGAGUUUGGUUUGUGGUUUGGUUUGUUUCUUAAAGAGAAAGAGAGCCUGAGCACACAGGAAAUUAUUUUAAAAGUUAAAAAUACACAUGAGACGAUGGUGGGGGCAGACAUGCUUGAAAUGGUGAGUCAAUGAAGAAAAUAAAUAUAAUUAAGCAGUUGGUGUGAUUGGCUGCAAACACCCUAAAUUGCUACUUACUGCUCACCACUUCCUCAAAUACUUGUUCCCUGGGGAAUAUUUGUGACCUGCACAUGCUUCCUGACACAAAAUACACAGCCAGUUCCUUUAUUAUUUCCCAUUCAGAUGUAUUUUCUGAAGUUUCUCUCGGUGACAUCUGGUCAAACUUGAUGUUAUCAACUUUUUUGGUGUUUCAUUUUCAACCUGUUGUAUCAUUCUGUUUAUUAUGUUUGGUUUGUUUUUUUUUUUUUUUAGUGUGAGCAGAUUGUAUUUAUUUGAGAAAAAAAUGUUGUUUGCUGUUUAAAAAAAAAAACCACAAUAAUUGUAUUGCCAAAAAUAGCUGUAAUUACCUGUGACAUCUGUAUUUUUUUAUUUUGGGGGUGGGAGGUGGUGGUGGUGGGGAGGGGGAGGGUGGUUGGUUGUUUUUAAUCUCAAUUUCAAGUGCUAACAACUCUUAAAACAACCACUGCGGUUUAAUUUGCUUCUGACAUUAAAUGGAUUAAUCGGAAGCCGGACAAAGAAAAAGUCUCACAGGUGAUUGAAUAAAGAUGCCAAACACCCUUCCUA